UUGUUUUGUCUGUUUUAGCUAGGAUUUCAGAUCUGCCUGGCAAACCUAGGAUACCACCAUGCUGGCUGCAAGGUUUGUGUGCCUCCGGAGUCUCCCUUCCAGGAUUUUCCAGCCAGCAUUCACCAAUGGCUCCCCUCUUCUGAAGAAUUCCAUCACAAAGAAUCAGUGGCUUUUAACACCCAGAAGGGAAUAUGCCACCAAGUCAAGAAUUGGAAUUCGGCGUGGAAAAACUGGCCAAGAGCUCAAAGAGGCGGCAAUGGAACCAUCCAUGGAGAAAGUAUUUAAAAUUGAUCAGAUGGGAAGAUGGUUUGUGGCUGGAGGAGCUGCGGUUGGUCUCGGGGCGUUGUGCUAUUAUGGCUUAGGGAUGUCUAGUGAGAUGGGAGCUAUUGAAAAAGCUGUAAUUUGGCCUCAGUAUGUGAAAGAUAGAAUUCACUCUACUUAUAUGUACCUAGCUGGAAGUAUUGGUUUAACAGCCCUGUCAGCCAUGGCCGUGACUAGAACUCCUGUUCUCAUGAGCUUCAUGUUGAGAGGUUCUUGGGUGACCAUUGGUGCCACCUUUGCAGCCAUGAUUGGCGCUGGAAUGCUGGUGCGGUCAAUAUCCUAUGACCAGAGCCCGGGCCCAAAGCAUCUGGCUUGGUUACUACAUUCUGGUAUGUUUUCAUUUUAA